AUGCCUUCAGAGAUACCCUUGUACGAUAUUGUGAUCAUAGGAGCAGGUCCAGUUGGUCUACUACUCUCAGUAUCACUGUCAAGAUGGGGUUACAAAGUCCGACACAUCGACAACCGACCGGUGCCUACAGCAACAGGCCGGGCGGACGGUAUUCAACCGCGCUCCCUCGAAAUCCUGAAAAACAUGGGCUUGAAGCGGAAAAUCAUGGCUCACGACCCCGCCAGAGUCUUUGAGGUCGCAUUCUGGGAUCCGGCCCCCGGCGGCAAGAUCGUCCGCACAGGCACAUGGGCCAGUUGUCCAGAAUUCUUGGACGCACGGUAUCCCUUCACAGCUUUGCUCCACCAGGGCCUCAUCGAGCGCGUCCUGAUUGAAGACCUCGAGAAGAACGGCACAAAGGUCCAGCGACCCUGGACCAUCACACGCUUCGAGACGAACCACAAGAACCCGGAGUAUCCCGUCGAAGUUGACCUGAAAAACCUAGAUAGCAACGUCACCGACACUGUGCGUGCGAAGUACCUGUUCUCCGGCGAAGGGGCCCGAUCCUUUGUGCGCGAACAGCUCGGCGUGCAGAUCCGGCAUAAGGACCCCAUCUCCCACGUGUGGGGCGUCAUGGACGGCGUCGUCCGCACGAACUUCCCAGACAUCAAGAUGAAAUGCACGAUCCACUCGGACCACGGCAGCAUCAUGGUCAUCCCGCGCGAGAACAACAUGGUGCGCCUGUACAUCCAGAUAGCCAGCUCCACAGACCCGGACUUCUCGCCUCGAAAGACCGCCACCGUGGCAGAAGUGCAAGCCGCGGCGAAGAAGAUCUUCGCGCCGUACUACUGCGACUGGGACCGUGUGGAAUGGUACUCUGUGUACCCGAUCGGGCAGGGCAUUGCCGACAAGUACACGCUCGACCACCGCGUCUUCAUGGGCGGCGACGUCUGCCACACGCACUCGCCCAAAGCCGGGCAGGGAAUGAACACGGCCUUCCACGACGCCAUCAACUUCGCGUGGAAAAUGCACCUGGUGGAGUCUGGCUUCGCCAGCCGCGACGUCCUGUCCACGUACGAAGUGGAACGGAAAUUCAUCGCCGAGACACUCUUGAACUUCGACAACCAGUACGCCGCGCUAUUCUCGAAACGACAGCCCAGUGCCAGUGAAGUCUCGGAUGCGCACCAGAGCGGGCAGAAAGAGACGAAGAACGAGUUCGUCGAGAUGUUCAAGGCAAACUGUGAAUUCACGUCCGGGUUCGGCGUCGCGUACAACGGCAACAUCUUCAACCAUUCCGGCGACCAUCAGUUCCAACACCCGCUCAUCAUCAGCGGAAGCUCGAAACUCCGGCCCGGAAGAAUCAUGCCGCCCAGCAACGUGACGAGGGUGGUCGACGCCAACGUCGUCCAUCUCGAGAACGAAAUCCCCUUCAACGGCUCGUUCAGGAUGUUCGUCUUCGCAGGGUUGGGCCAGAGCCCCAGACCUGGUGGCCAUCAAGCCGUUGCGGACUUUGCCCGCCAUCUGUCGGCCCCGGAUUCAUUCUACACGCGAUUCGGCUACGGCGAUUCGUCACGCGACAUCCACCACGACAGCGACAACCCGCAUUCUCGAUUCUUCAGCCUCGCCCUCGUUCUCGCGGCCAAGAGGCCCGAGAUCGAGAUCUCCGACCUGCCCGCCUUAUUCCGGGACUAUGCGGCCAAGGUCUACGCGGACGAUCGCAAGGAUGUGCGCGUGUUGGAUUCCAAGGCUGCGGCGCACGCGAAGGUCGGUCUCGAAGGCGACGAAGGCGCCGUCGUGGUUGUGAGGCCGGACGGUCACGUUGGCAUUGCCGUAAGACUUGUCGAAGGACGCGGCACGGUGGAGGCUUUGGAAGGGUACUUCCGGAGCUUCACUGUGAAGACCGGGCUCGGGGGUGGCGCUGACAGGGUAAGAAGUCAGUUGUGA